AUGUCCGUUAACGUCAACCGCAGCGUGUUGGACCAGUUCUACCGCUACAAGAUGCCCCGUAUAAUCGCCAAGGUGAGUACGGGUCGUGGUGGUCUGGAGUCACUGUUUGUCAUCCCCGUCAUGUUUUAGGAUUUGGGGGUCAGGAUCUGAAUCUAGAUCUCAGGUUAUGGGAAACUUUUACAUUGAACAGUGUGGUGGUUGUCAUGAGGGGUUGGUCAGUAUCCAGAGCUCAACUAGUCCAGGGACCUAGAGAUGUCCCAAUGGUCAUAGAGCUUUAUUCCCUUGUCUCUCUUCCUCCUUGAGCACUGAAAUGCGUUGAAAUAAAUAUGGUGGAGACCUAACCAAUCCAUUUAAUUGCUCGCGGUAAGGGAAGAAGGCCACGUAUAGCCUGAGGGGAAACUUGUUCUUUAAACAACACUGAAAUACAUGUUCCCUCUGAAAGACAGCCUUUACAAGACAUACUUUCCACUCAAAGUAGUUUAGAUUUAAUGUGAUUUUUCUCAAAUGUUGUACUUAAAUGUAAGUGAACCCCCUCUGCCUUUGUGCGCUCGGCUCACAUGUGAGGAGCAUCUUAAUUGCCGCCUCUAGUGGAAAGGUAUUUACGCUGUUAGAAUGUGACCAAUGUGAAUCAAGCCUGUUUCCCCCACCCGUCCCAUCCUCCAGGUGGAAGGCAAGGGGAAUGGGAUAAAGACUGUCAUAGUCAACAUGACCGACGUUGCCAAGUCUCUGAAUAGGCCUCCCACGUGUGAGUAUACCUCCUUCCUCAGCUAAGUGCCUUUUGGGCACUGGUCUGACCCACUAGAUUGGCAUCCAUUUCACAAGGUUGUGAUUGUAAACAGUUUGGAAUAUUUGUCUGUACUUGUAAAUUGCACACUUUCUCUGGCCUCUCCAUUGUGGCCAGUCAUCUGUAAAGAUGGGUUGAAAGGGGACUUCACACUCCAAAAUCAAAGUUUGUUGGAUGUUUUCAAUAGUCUGACAAGAUGAGUCCACAUCGGUUGUGUAGAUUGGGCUAUAUGCCUCAACCCAAAGUGAAUCGAAACUAAAUUAUAUGGUGCGUAUCUUUUGCAUUCAUUUUGGAUUGUGGCAUAUAGCCUGAUCUACAACACUGAUGCCAUGGGAGGAGGAAUCAUGUUGAUGUGGUGGUCCGCCCCCUUUUAUAUUUAGUAAAAGAAAGGGGAAGAGCCUAUUAGCUAUGAAUAUUUAAUAACCCACUCUCCCAAACCUAUGAUGAUGAUGAGGAUAGGAAGGCUUUGGACAAAGCUAAACUCAAAAACGUAUGUCUUUCUCGUUCUCCCUGUCCAGAUCCCACCAAAUUUUUUGGCUGUGAGUUGGGUGCCCAGACCCAGUUUGAUGCCAAAAACGACCGCUUCAUUGUCAAUGGGUCCCACGAGGCGAACAAGCUGCAGGACAUGCUGGACGGAUUCAUCCGGAAGUUUGUGCUGUGUCCAGAGUGCGAAAAUCCCGAAACCGACCUGGUAAAUAGUCCGGAAAGCUUUUCCUUUCCUCCUGUCCACAAUUUGUCAGAUUAUGGGAAAGGUCUCAUUGAAAACUGACCCACCCGCUGCUAUCGAAUGAAAAGGGUGGGAAUGCCAGCUCUUCACUAUCAAUCCAUUUUGCCUUGUGACAGUACUCAUUUCCUAUAUCCAACCAGGACCGACCGGUCUGCCACCCUUUUAAAUAAUAAAUCCACUGUUUGCAGCAGCAGGGUCACAUGAUGGUGCUUCCAUUGGGAAUUUGCUUUGUUUUUCAUCCAAACAGCCUUGUCUGCAGGGCUUGGCAUCCUCUGGCCUGUUAGCCUGUGGUGUCUGUACAGUGAGGGAGGCGUGAACCCACCCCUCUGUUUGUGCCGUGUUUUCGCUGACAGGGCAGGUUUCUAUUCUAAUAAGGUCAGCACUGUCGCCGGUCCUUGCAGCCGGGGGGAUUCUGUUUUGUGCCGAUGCAUAUCUAUGCAGGGCCCGCAACACGAGUCGAUGCUGGGCUGCUUUCCGAUGGAACGGCAGUGCCGUUACAAUUUACUGGAUGGAAUUAAAUGUGCACAGUGACUCAUUCCAGAGCUUUCAUAGGUUAACUGGGUCCGGCCCAAACUGUGUUAGGUGUUAUGUCAUUAUUGAAGUAGUCAAAGAGCUGAGUAGAAAUAGAAUGUAGGGCUGUGACUGUCAUUGAAUUUGGAUGAUGGUAAUUGGCCAGCCAAAUGACCGUGUGCUCCGUAAUAAUAACCUUUUCAGGGGGGGAAUAAAUACAACAUUUAGAUGGGGAAAUUUCUGUUUCCUCGCUCCUGACUGCAUGUGCUGCUAUAGAAAUAGAACGGGCAUCUACAUUCAAGUCAAUGAUGGCAUAAUUGGUGGACUGGUGGCCAUUGCCAGUGUACCCAUUACAUUUACAUUUUAGUCAUUUAGCAGACGCUCUUAUCCAGAGCGACUUACAGGAGCAAUUAGGGUUAAGUGCCUUGCUCAAGGGCACAUCGACAGAUUUUUCACCUAGUUGGCUCAGGGAUUAGAACCAGCGACCUUUCGGUUACUGGCACAACACUCUUAACCACUAAGCUACCUGCCACCCAUAAGGGCAAAGCAGAAAGUGUACCCAUCAAUAUUUGUUGAUUCAACUGACAUUACAAAAUAUACAUUCCAUUGCGUGGGCCACAGCAGUUAACCUCUUAAGGAUCGGACCCUUUGUUUCAAUUUUUGCAUAGCAUGACAUACCAAAAUCGACCUGCCUGUAGCUCAGAACCUGAAGCAAGGAUAUGCAUAUUCUUGAUACCAUUUGAAAGGAAACACUUUGAAGUUUGUGGAAAUGUGAAAUUAAUUUAGGAGAAUAUAACACACUAGAUCUGGUAAAAGAUAAUACAAACAAAAAAAACAUGUGUUAUUUUUGUUUUGUUUUAUCAUCUUUGAAAUGGAAGAGAAAGGCCACAACAUAUUGCAGUUUAGGCGCAAUUUAGAUUUUGGCUACCUGAUGGCAGCAGUGUUUUCAGAUUGAUCCAGUGAAGCAUUGCAAUACUGGACUAUUUUGUAUCAAGUCUGGCCAAAUGUGCCAAAUUGAUACAUUUUCAACUACAUUACUAUAGAGAACAUACAAAAAUGAUAUGGUAAUACAAAAUGUACGUUUACACACUCCCAAGAAUGUCAUGCAUGAUGGAUCAUUAGCUUACACACUAACUUUUACUCAUCUAGAGAGCCAGGCGGGGUGGGUGUGGAGCCAGAGACAGCAGAGGUUCAAACUGUAGAACCCAGUUCCUACAUUUUGAAUAUAAAAAUGGAUUUUAUCAAACAAAACUAUACUACAUUUUAUCUCUGGGACCCUUAGGAUGACAAAUCAGAUCAAGAUUACUGAAUGUAAGUACAUUAUUUACCUUCAGAGGUGAAUGUAUCAAACAGUUGCCGUGAUAUGUUUUUUGUUGUUGUGCACUCUCCUCAAACGAUAGCAUGGUAUUUUUUUCACUGUAAUGGCUACUGUAAAUUGGACAGCGCAGUUAGAUUAACAAUAAUUUAAGCUUUCUGCCCAUAUAAAACAUGUCUAUGUCCUGUAAAGUUUGCUGUUACAACAGUCAUGGUAAUCACAUUAGCGCACCUUAGCUCAACCGUCCCGUAUACGGGACACCGAUCCCGUAGAGGUUAACAUCAUUUCAAUGAAGAUUUUACAUUACCGUGGACAUUAUUGCAUCGCAAUACCAGGCAGCCAUUGCGAGUGUGCCCAUGAGUUUACCAGUCAAAUUGCCAGGGUUAGAGGUAGGGCUGGACGAUAUGGCCAAAUAAAAUAUAUAUUUUUUUAAACUUGUGGGCAGUUUACGAUAUCUUGAUUUACAAUUUUACAACAAAGCUUAUUUAGAGAACAUUCAAAGGUCAAAUACACUGCAUUUCUAACAGUCAGCAAUCUAAUGAAUUCAAGGCUUGUGAAGUUAUAGCCUACCUAGGCUAAAUAUGUCUUCCACAACCAUAAUACCCACUAAUAGGGCUGGGCGAUAUGGACAAAAUAUCAUAUGAUAUUUAUGACUAUUUGGCUGUAUUUUUAUAAUACAAGUUCUAAAUAUGCUUUGAUUUGGUUCAUGACCCUAGGGUGGCACCACAUAAAUUAAGUGAUUUCAAUGGGGCUUUCUCCAGUUAUACCACGUGUCAAACUCAUUCCGCAGAGUGUCUGCGCGUUUUCACUCCUCCCUUGUACUUGAUUGCUGAAUUAAGGUCACUAAUUAGUAAAGAACUUCCCUCACCUGGUUGUCUUAAUUGAAAGGAAAAUAACAAAACCACACAGACACUAGGCCCUGAUUAGAAUGUUUGACACCCCUGAUUUAUACUGUUUAAUCCCCCCCCUAAAAAAUUAUAAUAAUGUUCAUACUUUUGUGCAUUUCCUGCGCUUUCAUUAUCAUGUGCACACUGUGCCGCACAGCAUAUGGGCAAAAAAAUAUAGGCCUAGUUAAUUGAACUGUUGGAAAUAUAAUAAUUAUUCUAAUUCUGUAGUUGGAAUAUAGUGGGCAGCACCUUGAAUACAUUGUUUGACAUGACAACAAAAUAAUAAACCAGGGAGGAAUUAUUGCCAGGGUAGGAACUAAAGUGUUUGUCAGUGUUUCCAGGUGACCCUAAUUAGAUGUUUUCAUGUAGCUAGCCAGCUAACAUUCAUGGUUUGUCGAUCAGUGUGGAAGUAUUUGACAUGCCUGCACAGAGCCCUGACUUCAACCCCAUCGGAUACCUUUGGGAUGAUAUGGAACGCCGACUGCGAGCCAGGCCUAUCGCCCAACAUCAGUGCCCGACCUCACUAAUGCUCCUGUGGCUGAAUUUAAGCAAGUGCCCACAGCAAUGUUCCAACAUCUAGUGGAAAGUCUUCCCAGAAGAGUGGAGGCUGUUAUGGCAGCAAAGGGGGGACCAACUCCAUAUUAAUGCCCAUUAUUUUGGAAUGACCUGUUCGAAGGCAGGUGUCCACAUACUUCUGGUCAUAUAGUGUAUUACUAGUAAGAAGUAAUGUAGUAUUUAUUUUUUUGUGACCUGAGUCUUUGAACCAUAACAUUUGAGACAAAUGUUCACCUGCCCCUUUAAGUGCCUGAGGUUACCGUGGUAUUGCGACUUGUUAUGUUUGUGCCUGUGAUAUUGAGUCUGAUUAAUAGAAGUGUUGUCUUCUCCCUAGCCGUUGAAACUCAAACAUCGCAAAACAACCUAGCUUGUGAACAAAACAAUGUAAAUAGCCAAGAAACACAAGGACAAAGUCUCACUUCGGGAGACUUUCGGUUAACACUUUGUCAAACAGCGUCAUAACACGUUAAGUCAUAACAGCUGACAACUUGUCUUAACCCAUAUAUUUACACCUGUUGUGACAUUGCAUUAUUUUAUGGCUGGUUAUGACGCCUACAUAAGUAUCAAAAUCAACAUUUUAUUCAAAUGUGUUUUUUUCCCUGCGAAGUUUCCUUUCAUUUGAACGUUUCUCUUAAGUCCUUUGUUGUAAUUAGUGCUUUAGUCAUGUUUUUUCUUAUUUUAAAUAACUUGCAGAAAGCAUACUGACAGUCAAGAAGCAGUAUGAUCAUCAGUCAUACAGGCUUAUCACGUACAGUGCAUUUGGAAAGUAUUCAGACCCCUUGACUUUUUCCAAAUUUUGUUACGUUACAGCAUUAUUCUAAAAUGGAUUUAAAAUGAGGGGUGGGGGAAACAAUCUACACACAAUACCGCAUAAUGACAAAGCAAAAACAGGUUUUGAGAUAUUUCUGCAAAUGUAUAAAAAAAGUAUUCUAAAGUAUUCAGACCCUUUACUCAGUACUUUGUGGAAGCACCUUUUGGCAGCAAUUACAGCCUUGAGUGUUCUUGGGUAUGACGCUACAAGCUUGGAACACCUGUAUUUGGGGAACUUCUCCCGUUCUUCUCUGCCGGUCCUCUCAAGCUCUGUCAGGUUGGAUGGGGCGUGUCGCUGCACAGCUAUUUUCAGGUCUCUCCAGAGAUGUUCAAGUCCGGGCUCUGGCUGGGCCACUCGAGGACAUUCAGAGACUUGCCCGAAGCCACUCCUGUGUUGUCUUGGCUGUGUGCUUAGGGUCGUUGUCCCGUUGGAAGGUGAACCUUUGCCCCAGUCUGAGGUCCUGAGCGCUCUGGAGCAGGUUUUCAUCAAGGAUCUCUCUGUACUUUGCUCUGUUCAUCUUUGCCUCGAUCCUGACUAGUCUCCCAGUCCCGUUAAAUCUUGAUUUCAUCAGACCAGAGAAUCUUGUUUCACAUGGUCGGAGUCCUUUUUAGGUGCCUUUUGGCUAACUCCAAGUGGGCUGUCGUGCCUUUUACUGAGGAGUGGCCUCUGUCUGGCCACUGUACAAUAUAUUUUCCUGAUUUGGUGGAGUGCUGCAGAGAUGGUUAUCCUUCUGGAAGAUUCUUCCAUCUCUGGUUCUCUGUCAGUGACCGUCGGGUUCUUGGUCACCUCCCUGACCAAGGCCCUUCUCCCCUGAUUGGCAGCUUUAGGAAGAGUCUUAGUGGUUCCAAACUAUUCUAUUUAAGAAUGAUUGAGGCCACUGAAAUCUGCUCCUUCAUUCAUCAGCAACAGAGCAUUAGGGUUGGUGCAUGUCUUACAUCAAUUUGUGCACAAUUUAAAAUGAUUUAAUAUGGUAAAUUUCAGAAAAUGUUAUAACAUACUGUUCACAAGUAGGCUAUGGUGUAAUGUUUUGCCUUGUGGGUGUCAUAACCAACCAUAAAAUAAUGCAAUUUGUCAUGACAGUGUUAUGACUGCGUCAUAACGUGUUUUGACACUUAAGUAGUGUUACUGACUUUCGUUUCAAGUAAAUAAGGCUAACUUUUAUGCAUGUGCGCAGCGCUUCUAAAAAUGAAUCUUUCACUCGGCUCUUCACGUGCGCACAACCCCCAGCCAGGCAGUGUUGCAGCGCGAGGUGGGAUAGGCUAUAUAUGAUUCAUUGUUUUUUUUUUAUUUGUGCGAUUUUUAAUUUACCAGCUAUGAAACAAAACGACAGAAAUACUUUGAAAACAGCUACUGCAGCAUUUUACUAUAAAUGUGAUUGUACUUUACUAUUUUCAUUCACAAAUGAGUGAAAUGCUCGCACUGUGGAGCCCUGACCACCCGCCAACGUGGCUGGUGAAAUAGAACUCUUACCUGCCAAAAUCUACCCGGAUUUGGCAGGUGGUGGGUGUUUUUAAAUUUAGGCCCUGAUAAUGAUCAUGCAGUUUAAUCAGCUUCUUGAUAUGCCACACCUGUCAGGUGGAUGGGUUGUCGUGGCAAAGGAGAAAUGCUCGCUAACAAAUAAACAAAUUUGUGCACAAUAUUUGAGAGAAGUAAGCUUUUUGGGUGUAUGGAACAUUUCUGGCAUCUUUUUCAGCUCAUGAAACAUGGGACCUAUACUUAACAUGUGUUUUAUUAUAUUUUUGUUUCGUAUAGAUUAAGCCAAGACUCCAUUGAGUCUACUUUUUAGUCCUGGGCUGUGCAUAAUCUAGGUCCGUGCAGCUGGCCCGUAAUGAUGCACCAUUAUGUUUAGGGUAUGACAUUUUAACAGAAUUUAUGGUCACAGGUGUUUUUAUAGCUGCAAGAACACAAUUAGCUACUCAAAAUGGCGAUCCCGCGUACUUGCGUUUUUGUUGAAUUUUGGGGCUGCGCUCGUCUGCCUACUUUUGCUACCAACUACAGAGGAUUGCCAUUUUGCAUAGCUUAUUGUAGUUCCUGCUUUGCCUACAGCAAAGGGUAUAAAUUAAGAGUUAGCCCUAAGGCCAUAUGGAAAAUGUUGUUAUUUUUGUAAUUUCUUUUUAUGCAUCACUCCUCCAGCACAUCAACGCCAAGAAACAAACCAUCGGGAACUCCUGCAAGGCCUGCGGCUACAGGGGCAUGCUGGACACGCGACACAAGCUCUGCACGUUCAUCCUGAGGAACCCACCAGGUGAGCCAGACCAGGAUCAAACACGGUUUAUGCAUUCUCUGGGAAUGCCUGAGAAAAGCAGGGAAUUGCAAAGUAUGUGUUCAAAUGCAGCCGGACAGAAGCCUUUUAUUUAUUUCUGGAAAACCGCUUCGUCAGACAUGCAUUCCAGCAUGGACAUUCUGGGUAUUCCAUUCAUUUAAUAUGCUAAUGUUUUCUUGCAAAGUCAGGGAAUUUCAGAAUAUACUGUACUGGGUUGUUCAGUCUGAGGUUGUUCAAUGUGGCCUUGGUUUAAAAACAACUCCAGACACACUAUAGCCUUCAUUUUAAUGCACACAUGAAUGCAGCAAUUAUUUUAUGUUGCUAGACAAAAGCAACUUCUAAAGGCACUAGGUGAGUCAUGUUAAGUGGUGUAUUACGGUGUCAAUGUGCGUGGUGUAAUCUUACACAAUGCACUUUUUUUGUCAUGAGUCAAAGAUGAACAGCAGUGAGCUUUGCAGUAUUCUGAGGGCAGCAUCUGCUGUGGCAUCUCCUCUCCCAGUGGUUUUUGAAAUCAUCGAAGGGGCACCUCGGUUUAUUGAGUUUACGACACUAAAGAACCCUGCUUUUCCUGCUGGGUAACUGUUUGAGAAACACAAGGAAUCGAGAAAAGAUUGUAAAAGAGCGUAAUGAGUAUAAUAAUGGCGUCUGUCCUGACUGCCUUUAUCUCCGACGGCAAACAGAGGACACUGGGUCUGCCAAGAAGAAGGAGAAGAAGAGCAAGAAGAAGGACAAGGAGAACGGCUCCAGUGAUGGCGAAGCCGCGAACCACAAUGACAUAGACGCCCCCGAUGCUGUGGUGAGUACUAGCACUUCAUCUCCCAGUGCCAGCCAGACCUCGGUCAAAUACAUUGUUGUAAACUGGAGGUGCGCUCGAUUUAACUUGACCGGCUUGAAGGUUGAGCUUGACUGACCUUGACCUGGAGACUUGUCUUGAAAGGCCUAGUUGCCUAACUGUUGACGUUAUGGCACAUUUUCUAUUCCCAUCCCUCUUGUUCACUCUCCUUCACAGAUCUGAUAUAACUGGAUAGGUAAAAGCAAUAUGGCAUGAUCUAGGUAGAACUGUUUAUUACACUUAACCAAUUGUCUCAGAGCCGUGAAGGGGAGUGAAAGAGCAGAAGGGUGGGACAACUUUCUGGAAUGAAACUCAUCCCCAGUCUCCAUUCUAUCCCCUUGUUCUUGUUUCUCUGUAGCAUACAGCCUCAUUGGCAUAGUUUCCACUGAUCCCUCUUAUUUUCAAUAGCACUGUAUAACUCAAAUCUAAUCGAUAUGUUCUAGGACCGUGAUGACGAUGACGAAGACUGGGCGGAGGAAACGACUGAGGAGGCCCAGCAGCGCAGGAUGGAGGAGAUCAGCGCGCACGCUAAGAACCUGACUCUCAGCGAGGACCUGGAGAAGCCCUUGGAGGAGAGGGUCAACCUCUUCUACAACUUUGUGAAGGUCAGACUCUGGACCCUGUCCAGGAAUGACCCCAUUUUCUGUUUUGACUGGGUCCUGUCAACUCCAUAACACACUUGCUUAUUACUCGGUUACAUGUGAAGACUCGAGCCCUGCACAGAAACAACCCGCACCUUCCUAGUUCCGACUCGCUUCGGCUCGCAUCAUACAGAUUCCAUUUACAACGGUCACAGUGGAGACCUUAGAGGUGUCACCUCACUUCUCUAAACUCAAGCCUAUUUUGCCUGGGUCCUGUUGCCUUAAUUAUUGCUCGCGUAUAUAAAUGAAAAAUAACUCUGAUGUAUCGAAAUGGGUUUGCUAGACUCCACAAGGAAGUGAACGUGCACUAAGCAGAGCUCAAAUGCAGUGUGGUAUGUAACUACGUUGUUGCUGCCUUUUGAACAGGUCUCUUGAUUUAAAAAAACACGCUGUCACCGUAUCUAUUCAUUAUGGCCAUCGAAAUGCUAGCUAUUAAAAUCAGAUCAAAUAACAGAGGAUUAGAAAUUCAAGGUUUAAAAACAAAGGUGUCCAUGUAUGCCGACGUCUCAAGUUUUUAUAUUAAGUCCGCAAGCUAGGUCCCUGCAAUUUCUCAUUGAAGAUCUGGAUAGGUUUUCGUCCAGAGGCCAGAAAAGUUCAUUAUAAGUGUACCAUAUUACGUAUUUGAUUUAAAAAAAUUAUAAUAAAUUGACAUUACCCUGCAGUUUACCUAUAAAAUGGGCUGAUGGUGAAGUAGACCUACUUGGUAUUCAUAUCGCAAAAUAUAUAAAUGAGCUCUCCACAAUUAAUUUCAAUAGAAAACUAUUAAAAGUAGGCUAGAUCCUGCAACCAUGGAGAGGUAAAUGCCUGUCUAUGGAAAAAUUACACUGAUUAACUCCUUUAGUCAUAUCAGUUUACUUACAUACUUAUGGCAGUGCCUACUCCUGAUUCGUUUUUCAAAUCAUAUGUGCAAAAUAUUUCGCUUUAUCUGGGAUGCUAAACCAGACAAGAGAAAGCAUGCCUAUCUAUAUAAUGAAUAUGAACUGGGUGGGUUGAGAUUAUUAAAUAUAAAAGCACUAAACCUCUCUCUAAAAGCUUCACUUAUACAAAGGUUUUACUUGAACCCAAAAUGGUUCUCAAGUAGAUUACUAAGAAAAGCUCAUCCCUUGUUUUGAAAAUGUCCUUUUUGCAUUUGUGCAGAUUGCCGAUUUUAAUUGAAAAUGAAACCUUGUUAAUUCUCUUUUUCAAACAAGCAAUGCAGAACUGUUUAGAAUUUCAAUUUCAUCCCCUUCGAAAGAUGGAACAAAUAUUAUGGUUGACCUAAAAUGUGCUGGUUGAUAAAAUACCUGUAUUUAUGGAAAAUGUUAAAGGAUAUUUGUUUUAAACUGAACAAAAAUGUAAACGCAACAUGCAACAAUUUCAAAGAUUUUACGUAGAAGGAAAUCCGUCAAUUGAAAUAAAUGAAUUAGGCCCUAAUCUAUGGAUUUCAUAUGACUGGGCAGGGGCACAGCCAUGGGUGGGCCUGGGAGGGCAUUGGCCCACCCACUGGGGAAUCAGAAUGGGUUUUCCCCCACAAGGGCUUUAUUACAGACACAAAUACUCCUCAGCACUCCCCCUCCCCCUCAGACAAUCCCGCAGGUGAAGAAGCCGGAUGUGGAUGUCCUGCGGGGGGUGGUUACGCGUGGUCGGCGGUUGUGAGGCCAGUUGGCUGUACUGCCAAAUUCUCGAAAACAAUGUUGGAGGCGGUUUAUGGUAAAGAAAUUAACAUUAAAUUAUCUGGCAACAGCUCUGUUGGACAUUGCUGCACUCAUUAUGCCAAUUGCACACUCCCUCAACUUGACAUCUGUGUCAUUGUGUUGUGACAACUGCACAUUUUAGUGGCCUUUUAUUGUCCCCAGCACAAGGUGCACCUGUGUAAUGAUCAUGCUGGUUAAUCAGCUUCUUCAUAUUCCACACCUGUCAGGUGGAUGGAUUAUCUUGGCAAAGGAGAAAUGCUCACUAACAGGGAUGUAAAUGAAUUUGAGCAUGAAAUUUGAGAGAAAUAAGCUUUUUGUGCGUAUGGAACAUUUCUGGUAUCUUUUAUUUCAGGUCAUGAAAAAUGGGACAAACACUUUACAUGUUGUGUUUUUAUAAUUUUGUUCAGUGUAAAUUUUAUAUUGAAAUUACAACCAAUUGAUUACAGCAUUACCCCCAAAAUUGAGGAGGCAGGUGGCAGCGGGAGGAGGUAGGGAACUGGUCUGUCUUCUCAAUAUAAAGGAUCAAAACUGGCAGAGGAACAAAAAUAGCAUGAAUAGGAAAGUAUACCCGUUUUUAAUUUGAGGACCAGGAUGUUGACCGCUGUGCCAUACAGAUAAAAUAGCUGGGAAGAUAUUUUUUUUAUUUACCGAUUUCCAUGGCAAAGGGUGUUUUGAGUUAACACACAAUGACGCAAGAUUCAAGACUUCGUGCUUUUCAGCUAAAAUUACUGUACUGAUUUCUUGCCACCAACAAAAUGUUGAAUAUUUGGGGCAUACAGUCGUCGCCGCUCUGCAGAUUUUGUUGCGAGGAUACAGAAUCAAUAGACCAUUUGUUCUGGUAUUGCCCUCAGGUAGCCUGUUUCCAGUCUCAGGUUCAGGAAUGGCUGAAAAAGCGUAACAUUAAUCUAAAAUUGACCCUAGAAAUAGCAAUGUUGGUAGAUUUGGCGAGACCUGGUCAGUCAAUUACUAAUACUCUUAGUAAAAGUAUUUAUCUUAAACUUGCAAUCCUUGGAUUCGAUUAGAUUGAGACGUGGAGGAAGAGGUUUUUCGGGGGGGGUUCUCUGGUUGGUUGAGGGGAAGCUCUUGGGGGGGGUCGCUGCUUCGUGUCCCCGAUUUUGACGUGGUGGGAGAUAUGUUGAUGUGCCCUUGGUUGGGGCGCUUGACCCUGGUUGCUCUGGAUGGUUGUGCCUGCUAGAAAAAUGUUUUUAAAUGUAUAUAUCAAAUAUUCAGACCCCUAGACAUUUUGUUACAUUACAGCCUUAUUCUAAAAUUGAUUACAUUUGUUUGUUUCCCUCAUCAAUCUACACACAAUACCCCAUGAUGACGAAUCCAAAAUAGGUUUUUAGACAUUUUUUCAGGUCUCUGUUGGAAGGUGUACCUUCGCCCCAGUCUAAGGUCCUGAGUUCUCUGGAGCAGGUGUUCAAGGAUCUCGCUGUACUUUGCUCCGUUCAUCUUUCCCUUGAUCCUGACUAGUCUCCCAGUCCCUGCCGCUGAAAAACAUCCCCACAGCAUGAUGCUGUCACCACUAUGCUUCACCGUAGGGAUGGUGCCAGGUUUCCUCCAGACGUGACGCUUGGCGUUCAUGCCAAAGAGUUCAAUCUUGGUUUCAUCAGACCAGAGAAUCUUGUUUCUCAUGGUCUGAGAGUACUUUAGGUGCCUUUCGGCAAACUCAAAGCUGGCAGUCGUGCCUUUUUUCUGAGGCGUGUCGUCCGUCUGUGCCUCGACACAAUCCUGUCUCUGAGUUCUACAGACAGUUCUUUCGACCUCAUGGCUUGGUUUUUGCUCUGACAUGCACUGUCAACUGUGGGAUCUUAUCUAGACAGGUGUGUGUCUUUCCAAAUCAGCGCUGCUCUGCAUUCUUAACAGCACUAUCCACACAGGUCCUACAGGCCCUAGUUUUGUCGCACCUGGACUACUGUUCAGUCGUGUGGUCAGGUGCCACAGAGGGACUUGAGAAAUGUGAAAUUGGCUCAGAACAGGGCAUCACGGCUGGCCCUUGGAUGUACACAGAGAGCUAACAUUAAUAAUAUGCAUGUCAAUCUCUCGGCUCAAAGUGGAGGAGAGAUUGACUUCAUCACUACUUGUAUUUGUGAGAGGUGUUGAAUGAACCGAGCUGUCUGUUUGAACUACUGGCACACUGCUCGGACACCCAUGCAUACCCCACAAGACAUGCCACCAAAGGUCUCUUCAGUCCCCAAGUCGGGAACAGACUAUGGGAGAUGCACAGUACUACAUAGAGCCGUGACUACAUGGAACUCUAUUCCACAUCAAGUAACUGAUGCCAGCAGUGAAAUUGGAUUUUAAAAAACGAUACAAAUACACCUUAUGGAACAGCAGGGACUGUGAAGCACAUAUAGACAUGCAUACAAACACACGAUAACAUACGCACUAUACACACAGGUACACAUCGAUUUUGUGUUAUAGAUGUGUGGUAGAAGAGGCCUGAGGAGGCACACUUAAUAGGUUGUGAAAUCUGUUAUGAAUGUAUUGUAAUGUUUUUAAAAUGUAUAACUGCCUUAAUUUCGCUGGAUCCCAGGAAGAGUAGCUGCUGCCUUGGCAGCAGCUAAUGGGGAUCCAUAAUAAAUACAAAUGUCCAAUCAAUAUAAUUUACCACAGGUGGACUCCAAUCAAGUUGUAGAAACAUCUCAAGGAUGAUCAAUGGAAACAGGAUGCAGCUGAGCUCAAUUUUGAGUCUCAUAGCAAAGGGUCUGAAUACUUAUGAAAAUAUUUUUUAUUUUUAAUACAUUUUCCAAAAUGUCUAAACCUGUCCUUUUUAGAACAAGGCUGUAACGUAACAAAAUGUGGAAAAAGUCAAGGGGUCUGAAUACUUUCCGAAGGCGCUGUGUAUGCAUGUGUAUAUGUAUAAUGGUGUGUGUGUGUGUGUGUGUACAGUGCAUUCGGAAAGUAUUCAGACCCUUUGCUAUGAGACUCAAAAUUGAGCUCAGGUGCAUCCUGUUUCCAUUGAUCAUCCUUGUAGAAACAUCUCAACUUGAUUGGAGUCCACCUGUGGUAAAUUCUAUUGAUUGGACAUUUGUAUUUAUUAUGGAUCCCCAUUAGCUGCUGCCAAGGCAGCAGCUACUCUUCCUGGGAUCCAGUGAAAUUAAGGCAGUUAUACAUUUUACAAUUUAAUGUUUUGAAUAAGGCUGUAACCUAACAAAAUGUGGAAAAAAGCACUGUAUGAUCAGUUGUUUUUAAGGAUGAAUAAAGAAAAUUAGUGAGGGGAAAGCUGAAUCAAGAUGUGAGGGUGUGAUGUCUCUGGGUGGCUUAUUCUAUCACUCCCUCGACAGCAAAUGAAGGAGGACGGUGCCGUCAACAUUUCGGACAAGGAGAUCCUGGCCGAGGCGGAGCGUCUGGACGUGAAGGACACGGCCCCACUGAUCCUGACAGAGCUUUUAAUGGACGAGAACAUCCGCGAACAGAUCAAGAAGUACAAACGUCACUUCCUCAGAGUGAGUCUCCGAGUAGCAUUCUAGUAGAUACCCGUAGACGUAGUCAUUGCGCUAACGCUAGCUCGCAAAACUUCCUCUAUCUUCUUUCAUACUGGACACAGACAUUUAAAAUGGUAUCCAUGAGUUAAUCUGCCUCUGUGGAAGUAGAUGAAGUGCUAAUUGCCAAAAUCUAUCCCUUUUAUUUUCCAUGGAAAGACUACUGCGCGUGCUUCUCCGGCCAUUCAUAUAGCCUACACAGGCUAUUUAAUUGAGACCACGCAUAGGCACAUUUGAUCUCGCAUGCACACAACACAACACGAGAGUAGAGGGAGGCUACUGAACUUGAAGCAGAAUUAUCAUACGAGAGUUUAUUAAUAGUGUUACAGGUGCUUUUAAUACAAUAGGUAACGCAUACAAAAGAAAGACAACCGUUUGAAAUAAUUUGCAGGACUAAAAUAUGUUAAUCUCAGUUGUCUAUGACCGCCUGCCGGGGCCGCAGGUCUUGCAGCUCUCUAGUAUGAGGGUCAGGGCUGUUACACUAGUUGUUAAUAUAAUAACAUGCUAUUUAGCAAGUGCUUUUAUCCAAAGCGACUGACCGUCAGUCGUGCAUUUCUUUUAAACGAAUGGGUGGUCCCGGUAAUCGAACCCACUAUCCUGGCAUUGCAAGUGCCAUGCUCUUCCAACUGCGUAACAGAGGACCUCUGCUUGUUAAUGCAAAUUGGGCAUUAGGUCAGUGCUGUCACGCUACUUGUGUGGCAUUUGAUCGGAUAUGUUACUCAAAUUGGCAUUCGGUCAGUGCCGUAACAUCAGUUGUUGGGCAUGAGGUCAGUGCCCUAAUGCCAUUUGAUGGACAUCAGCUUAAUGUUGUCUAUAGUUGGUGUUCGUGAACUGUGAGUUCCAUAACGCAUAGGGCAUGAAACAGUGUCACUACACCAGUUGAUGGAGAUAUGCUUAGUAGUCUAACACCAGCAAUUUGGACAGACAUAACCUCAACAAAGUUGAUUGUGGCAAUAGAUACAGCUAUAAUUCCGCUGUUGGGUUUUGCUCAAGCUCCAUCCGCACCUUCCGUUUUAAAACAUUUCUCUUGUGUCCAGUUUACCCACAACAACAAGAAGGCCCAGAAGUACCUGCUGGGGGGCUUUGAGUGUCUGGUGAAGCUGCACCAGUCCGAGCUUCUGCCCCGCGUGCCCCUUGUCCUCAAAGACCUGUACGACGCCGACCUACUGGAGGAGGACGUCAUCCUGGCCUGGGCUGAGAAGGUAACGGGGAUGAUGGGAUAUUUAUUUUAUUCAACUUAUCCAGGUCAGUGUCAUUUAUUUUGCAAGAGACUCCUCAUCCAAGAUAUUUUACAUAUGAAAAAAGACUCCGUAACCUACACUAGAACCUGUGAAAUGAGACUCAAGUCAUUUUUCAUCAUACCUCUAACACGUCAGACCUGUGUGUGUCUUGUCAGGUGUCCAAGAAGUACGUGUCCAAGGAGCUGGCAAAAGAGAUCCAUGCCAAGGCAGCGCCCUUCAUCAAGUGGCUGAAGGAGGCGGAAGAGGAGAGCGAGGGCAGCGGGGCGGAUGAGGAGGAAGAUGAAGAUAACGUGGAGGUAAUGACUUAUCACUGACUCUGAUUUUUACCUAUAUACAUUCAUUCCCGUCACGCGCAUAUAGACAUAGGUUUGGUAUUGUGGCACUGACAUGAAAAUGGCCACUGUCACCAGGUUUCUGCUUACCAUGGACCUAUUCAGAUACAGUGCCUUCAAAAACUAUUCACACCCCUUGACCUUUUUCAAAAUGUUUGUUUUGUUACAGCCUUAAUUUAAAAUGGAUUAAAUGUAGAUUUUCUGUCACUGGCCUACACACAAUACCCCGUAAUGUCAAUUUGGAAUAAUGUUUUUUGACAUUUUACAAAUUUAAUAAAAAAUGAAAAGCUUGAAUGUCUCAAGUAUUCAACCCCUUUGUUAUGGCGUUCCUAAAGUCCAGAAGCAAAAAUGUGCAUAACAAGUUACAUAAGUUGCAUGGACUCACCCUGCGUGCAAUAAUAGUGUUAAGGGCAUCUAUUAGUAGAUGGGUAAAAAUUUAAAACCGCAGACAUUAAAUAACUUUGAGCAUGGUGAAGUUAUUAAUUACACUUUGUGUGGUGUAUCAAUACACCCAGUCACUACAAAGAUACAGGCGUCCUUCCUAAUUCAGUUGCCGGAGAGGAAGGAAACCACUCAAGGAUUUCACCAUGAGGCCAAUGAUUACUUUAAAAUAAUUACAUAGUUUAAUGGCUGUGAUCGGAGAGAUCUGAGGAUGGAUCAACAACAUUGUUGGGUGGUCCUCUGUAGCUCAAUUGGUAGAGCAUGGCGCUUGUAACGCCAGGGUAGUGGGUUCGAUCCCCGGGACCACCCAUACGUAAAAAUGUAUGCACACAUGACUGUAAGUCGCUUUGGAUAAAAGCAUCUGCUAAAUGGCUUAUUAUUAUUAUUAUUAUUAUUAUUAUUAUAGUUACUCCACAAUACUAACCUAAUUGACAGUGAAAAGAAGGAAGCCUGUACAGAAUAAAAAAAAUCCUAAACAUGCAUCCUGUUUGCAAAAAGGCACUCAAGUAAUACUGGAAAAAAUUAUAUUGGCAAAGCAAUUAACUUUUUGAGCUGAAACAGUGUUUGGGUCAAAUCCAAUAAAACACACUGCUGAGUACCACUCCAUAUUUUCAAGCAUAGGAGUGACUGCAUCAUGUUAUGGAUAUGGGAAAUCCUAGAGGAGAACUUGUUUGCUUUCCACCAGACACUGGGAGAUGAGUUCACCUUUCAGCAGGACAAUAACCUAAAACACAAGGCCAAAUCUAUACUAGAGGUGCUUACCAAGAAUACAGUGAAUGUUUCUGAGUGGCCGAGUUAGUUUUGACUUAAAUCUGCUUGAAAAUGUAGGGCAGGACUUGAAAAUGGCUGUCCAGCAAUGAUCAACAACCAAUUUGGCAGAGCUUGAAGAAUUUUGAAGAGAAUAAUGGGCAAAUGUUUCCCAAUCCAGGUGUGGAAAGCUCAGACUCAGAAUGACUCAUAGCUGUAAUCGCUGCCAAAGGUGCAUCUACAAAGUAUUGACUCGGGUGUACAGAAUAGAUUUCUGUAUUUCUUUUUUUAAUCGUUUUUAUUUUAUUUUUCCUAUUAGUCAUUUAAUCAAUUUCGAAUUCAGGCUGUAACACAACAAAAGGUGGAGUAAGUCGAGGUAUGAAUACUUUCUGAAGGCAUUGUACCAGUAUGAAAAUGUAUGCACUCACUAACUGUAUGUCGCUCUGGAUAAGAGCGUCUGCUAAAUGACUAAAAUGUAAAUUGUAGAAAUGUGUGAGCUGACACGAUUCCCCUUUUCUGCAUGACAAAGCACCAUGUCUGUUCAACACUAUUUAUUUAUGUUACUUAUGCAUCCUACUGAAGCGCCUGGUGAGAAAUGAGUGACACUGCAGUGUCUUAAUUUCACCCAAUUAACAUUUCCCUUACCCCCCCCCCCCUUCUUUCCUCCCAGGUGGUCUACUCAGCCUCUGCCCGUGAGCUGAAAGUGGAGACUGAGAAGCCUGCAGAGGAAGAGGAUGACUUUGACAUCGACGCCAUCUAA